ACUUACCGUAUUUUCUCCGCAGUGAUCAAGACGCUAAGGCAUUAUACUGGAGAUUUUCCUCACUAUUUCAACGUUGCAAGGGAAUCCUCAAAAAACUAAAUAAUAAAACCUGAACCUCUUCUUCUUCUUCACACCAGAAAUCAAUCACAAUGGGCGUCACAAAGACCAUUCUCCAGGAGGGUAGCGGCCCCCAGCCUACUCCUCGUCAGACUGUCACCAUCGAGUACACUGGCUGGCUCAAGGACACCUCCAAGCCUGACAACAAGGGCAACAAAUUUGACUCUUCGGUUGGCCGCGGUGACUUCGUCACUCAAAUUGGUGUUGGACAAGUUAUCAAGGGCUGGGACGAGGGCGUUGUCACCAUGAAGGUUGGCGAGAAAGCAACUCUUGACAUUACCAGCGACUUCGGCUAUGGUGCAAGGGGCUUCACCGGUCACAUUCCCCCCAAUGCUGACUUGAUCUUCGAUGUCCACCUGAAGAAGGUCCAGUAAGCGAUCGAAAUGAUGGUUAUUGACGAAAUGGAUGUUUUCAGUCUAGACUACCUAGCAAACGGAUACAAGGCACGGAGGGUCUCUCGUUC